ACGACUGGACGUUUCACACCUUCCAGUUCUCAGGCCACUCCCGGCUUCGCACCCUCUUCUCGCAUCGCCCAGGGCAGCGCUCCGGACCUCCGGGGCUGUUCUCAGAGGAGGGCGCUGCGGGCGGCCCCGGGCCUUGAAAGGGCCCGUAGGGCUCAGCUCUGGCAGUCCUCGUUCGGGGCGGCCGCUGCUCGUCCUCCUGCCAUGGCCUGCGCUGCCCGCGCUCCGGCCGCGCCUGCCGCCGCGCUCUUCUGGGAGAUGCUGGCGCUGCUGGCCCGGGAGCCGGGUAUGGAGUGGCUGGAGCUGAGCCUUGCUGGGCAGGUAGUCACCUCCCCGCCUCGCAGACGGGAAGCACCGCGGAGCGGCGGGGGCGGAGCGGCGGGGGCCGCAAGCGAGAUCAGUUGUCAUCAAAAGCAUUUAUUGGGACCCUGUCCUCUGAAGACUUUGUCGUUGCUGGAGCACUCAGGGGAUAAUAGGCUUUGGCAGGACUACCUCGAAGGACUGAAGAAAUUCCUCGUCUUUAGGGAAAGCAUGGGAAUGCCUGCAGCCUGGCCAAUUCCAACGGAGCAAAUUAGAGGAUUUUUGGCUGUGGAAUCUAAUUAUUCCUCUUCGAAGACACUCAUAUACAUGGCAGCACUCUCUUAUUUAUCAAAAUUGACCGGUAACUCUGAUCCUCUGGAAGAUCCUAUAACCUGUUGCAUGGUGACAGGGUUGAAACGUCGAGCGGGUAUCCUGAGGGAUAAAUACUUGCCUGUAACAAUUGAGAUGUUGCGAUCUCUCUUAGGAGCUCUGGAGUCUGUGUGCAUAACUCAUUAUGAAUGCUUACUGUUUCGUGCUUUAUUUACUGUAGCUUUUUUUGGAGCACUUCGAAUAGGAGAGAUGGUGGCAAAGCACCGUAAUGUACUGCAGCCUGAGCUGUUGUACCUGAGUGAUCUCCAGCUGAUGGAGAGGAAAGUGUUGCUUUUUCUGCCUUAUUCUCAUGUGGAUCAGGAGAGACAUGUCAUCAGCCUGGCGCUGUCUGGAGAGCCAUGGGUGUGCCCUGUUUUGGCCCUCCGGAGCUAUUUGACAGCUCGUUCACAGCUGGAAGGGCCACUCUUUGUGCACUCCAGCUUUAGGACUGUAACGAAGAGGGAGUUCCUGGCCGUUCUCCGAUGUGCCCUGCGCCUGCUGGGGCUGUGUCCGGAGCAGUACGGCGUGCAUUCCUUCUGGCUGGGGACUGCUGUCACUGCUGCGCGCUGCGGGUAUCCCGGGGAAGAUGUCACUCGCCUGGCAAGAUGGCCCUGUAUGACCCCAGGAAGAUUCUAACCAUGGAGACCAACAGGAAGAUAGAAGCUUAUCUUCUAAAUCGUCUCCUUUAUGUAGAGUCAGCUUUUAGUUGUAUAGUUUCUAGCCUUUGACAGGACUUUAAUAUUAACACCUGAAAUUAAUUUUGUACCUCACAGUUGCGUGAUCCUAAGUUCACUCAGAACUUGCUUGUUCUGUCUGUAUUUUAAGGUGGGGGAGAGUGUCAAACCUUUGUGCAUAGACUGCAUUUUUAUCUUGUAUGGUAUGAGAUAAUAAAGUACUGCCUUUUAAAA